AUGCCAACCACCUCUAACAUUGGUCUUGAUCGCGUUGCCUACUGGAUAGAGACUCGAGAGAACAGAUUUGAAGCGUUUAUUCCUUCCAAUAACCAUUCCUCAUCUUAUAAGAACGAAAGCAACGGAGGCACAAGCACCCCACCGAACAGCAGUAUCAGCAGUGGCUUCUUUGAAGAUCAAACUGCUGAUGAUUUACUACACAGAUGUCAGGAUGAUCCACUGAUUCCAAGCGCUGAGGAUAUUGAGAGGACCUUUUGGAGAGGUGAAUCCCAAUGGCGAGAGUGCCUUGGUCUUGCAAAACGGCAACAAACUCUCAGCAUACCCAGAAGCCCAGGUGUUUUGGGGUUGACACAGGGUGUUCCGCUCCUACCUUCUCAGCUCUGUGGCUUAGAGACAAUUAGGGGCUACCCCAUAUGGGAGUUUAUACACCCCGAGCCAGAUGAUAUGCAGAGCUCUAUGACCCACGGAAUGGAUGAUGUUGCCAACCAAACCACUCCAGCAACCCUGGAUGGCUCUGAUUCGACGCAGCCGACCUCACCUCCUGAAGUUGAUGGAUGGAACGUGAAUCAUGCACGUGGCUACGAGAAAAAAUUCAACCUCUCUAUUCCAGAGCCGACAAGGUACCGGCUCAUAGAAGAAUGA